CGUCUGCUAUUUCGGCCUCGGUGUCUCCCGUACUCCGCGCUGGCGCUGGCCUCCGUAAUCAUGUUACAAAUGUAAAACUUCGCUAAAAAGAAUACGAAACUCGAACAAACACAACGUCGGCAGGAUGCUUGUUAAGUGGCGUGCACCACGUAUUGAUUGAUGACGAAUAAUAUAUCCUCUCGGUGUAUUGACAAGCACUAAAAGCACACCUUCAGUGUUUAAUGGCUUGUCGGUUUCAUGUCUAUGAUGGCUAUGAAAAUAGACUACCUACUACCAAUAGUUGCAGCAAUCCAUCUACUAUGUUGUCCAUUUACAAAAGUAGAGGAAAGUUUCAACCUCCAAGCAAUGCAUGAUAUUCUUUACCAUCGUCUGAACCUUACGCAGUAUGAUCACUUGGAGUUCCCUGGUGUGGUACCAAGAACGUUCUUGGGCCCAAUGUUUGUGUGCUCACUUGCAUCUCCAGGAUAUUUGAUACUUCAGUUGCUUGGCUGUAGCAAGAUAUGGACUCAAUAUCUUGUGCGUGCAGUGCUGGGCAUGUGUGUUUUGGGCUCCUAUCAUCUCUUCCGUAAAUCAGUGGAGUUUGUUUUUGGUGCUCAAGUAGCAGCAUGGUUUGUCACCAUAACGCUGACACAGUAUCAUUUCAUGUUCUACCUUAGUAGACCACUACCAAAUACUUUGGCACUUCCAGUAGUGCUGCUGGCCUUAACUGGAUGGCUCCGUCGUCGGUACUCUGUUUUCAUAAUAGCAUCAGCUGCUGCAAUAAUUAUUUUUCGUGGUGAAUUAGCCCUUUUCUUGGGUCUUAUAUUGUUUUUGGAGCUUAUUUAUCGUCAUAUCACCAUUCCAAAACUUUUCAGAGUAGCUGCUCCUGCUGGAAUUGUGUUACUCAUCCUUACUGUAUUGAUUGACUCAGUUUACUGGGGAAGACUACUUUGGCCUGAAGGGGAAGUCUUGUGGUUUAAUAUUGUUUUAAAUCGUAGUCAUGAAUAUGGCACAUCACCCUUUCUCUGGUAUUUCUACUCAGCCCUCCCUCGAGGUUUGGGAUUAACAUUUUUCCUCGUGCCUCUGGGAGCUAUAUUAGACUACAGGGCUCGUAGAAUUUUGGUGCCCGCUGUUUUGUUUGUAUUUUUAUACUCUUUCCUUCCACACAAAGAAUUAAGAUUCAUUAUCUAUGUCUUCCCUUUAUUAAAUGUGGUUUCAGCAGCUGGUUGUAGUAGAUUAUGGGAGGCUAGGGCACAAAGCCCUCUUCAUGUGUUUCUUGCACUAGGAGCUGUGGGUCACCUUGUACUUAAUAGUUUAUUCUCCAUCCUGCUUUUAUCAAUUGCAACCCAUAAUUAUCCUGGUGGUGUGGCCCUUGCCAAUCUGCACAAAAUAGAACAAUCAAGUGCAUAUGUAAACGUCCAUAUAGAUAAUCUAGCUGCACAAACAGGAGUCUCUAGGUUUACACAAGAUAAUUUGGGAUGGACUUACAAUAAGACUGAAAACUUGAAAGCAGGAAGUCCUGAAAUGUUUGUCUUUACACAUUUACUACUUGAAGGUCGAAGCAAAUACUCUCCCAAUCUCAAACCUUACAUGCGAACACAUGAAAUAAUUGAUGUUGUAGAUUCUUUUUCUCAUAUCACUUUUAAUUACAACUCUUUCAUUCCUAUCCGAAUCAAAACUAAACCUUCACUUUUCACUCUAAGAAGAAAGAGGGAAUUUGAAAAACUCUUUGAAGCAGCGUUUACUGAUGAGGAAGAGGAUGAAAGUUCUAAAGUACUUAUGGAAGAAGAAGUAGUAAAUAAAGAAGAUUUACUUCAAGAAUUUUCUGAUCUAAAACCUGAGGAUGAAUUGGAAGAAAUGUUAGAGCUUGUGUAUCAGAGAGACAAAGAGCUCAAUGAAAAAGAUAAUAAAUCAAACAAAUCUCCUGUUAAAAGAAGAAAACGUAAAGUAGGUUUUGAAAAACCGUUAAUGAAAAGAAUGCUAGUUGAUGAAGGUGAUAUUAAGUCUACACAAGAUAAUGUGGGUCUAGAAAUGGAAAGGCCACCUAAAGAAAAGACAACAUCCACAGAAUCAAUGAAGGAUUCUGUUGUUGAAAGUGAGGAAGAAAUAGACUGGCAGGAGGCACAGAAAAACAAACAAGAUGACUUCCUUGAGGCACUUGAAGAGGUUGAACAAAAAAUAAUAGAAGAUGGCAGAUGGAAUGUAGGAGGUAAUGAUGAAUCCCAACAAGAGUUCAAUGUGAGAGAGAAGAUAAAAGCUUUGAUACGGGAGGAGAGGGAAGAAGAAGAGCGUUUAAAGAAAAAGUUGAAACCAAUGAAAGGAAAACUUGAUAUUUUAUUAGCGGAAAAGAAAUUUGCUAAACUUUCAAAAAGUAUCAGUAAAACACCAGACUCAGUGGAUUCCUUUGAUGAUAUUCAUUUGGAUAAUGACCAAUUUAUGGGAGACAUAAAAUCACCUGUUAAAAGUCAAGUAACUGAAGAAACUGAAAGCAUUGAUUCUUAUGUAGAGUCAAAUAACCUGCAUGAAAUGACAGUAGAGAUAACUAAAGAGAAACAACAUGAAAUUUUGAAAACAAGAAAAAUUGUGGGAACAGACAAGACAGUAGAAACCAAUGGUGAACUAGUUGCAGAAUUUGUGCCUCAACCUUCUAAAGAUAAUAUUCCUUUGAUGCAAGAAAUGACUAUCUCUUUGACGAAUCAAGCCCUUGACUCUGAAUCCUACUCUACAAACAAGCCAACAACAUUGGGUACUGUUACCUUGGAGAACCAAGCCCUGUUCACUACAACAUCAACACCUGAUCAUUUGCUUGAAUCUUCAACAGACUUGUCCUCUGUAUCAUCUAUGGAUUUGCAUUUAGAAAAUGAAGCUGCAACUUAUUUACCAGCAAUCCCAAGUCAAACAUUGGCUCCCACAUCAGUGAAAGAUGCUCAACCUAAGACGAAGAGCCCUCUGCCCAACCCAGUGAUGACAUUUUCUUCAACUAGUCAAUCAAAGUCAUUGUCCAGCAUGAAAAUACAGGGAACACCGUCUAAUACUAAGUUAAAAAUUGAUGGUUCAUUUAUAGAAGAAAGCAGAGCCUCUAAUACCAUUCAGGUCGAUCAGCUUAGAUCAAAGAAUUUUAGAGAGAAUGAAUCAGGCUACUCAGAUUUCCAAGCAAGCAACUCUCUCCCUGAGGAUGGUCCAAAUUUAAAAUCUGAACCAACCGUGGGGGCGGUUUCUAGUGAACAGUCAUCUCUUUCUCUCUCUCCGGUGUUGGAGUCAGAAAAUGUAAGACAAUCAUCUUCAUAUUUGGUUUUAUCGUCUAUCACUGGCCACACAGAAGAGAUUUCUCUUUCAACAGAAAAUCAAAAUGAAGAGAAAGAGGUCACCUCCAGUCUCUCAAAAAAUGGAAAUGAAUAAAAUGUAAUUGAUAAUACCAAUUUUAAUUAAAGUAAGAGCAUUUUGUCA